GUAAACAAAACAACAAUGCAGCCGUGUCAAGGCCUCAUUCAAGUCACCGGAACAGGAUCUAUUUUGCAUUGUCUCAAAAACGAAAUAUUGAAUAAGCUGAGUCCUAUCGGAACUGACAAAAGGAAGGAAUGAAUAAUUUUUGCCUGUAAUCAUGAAUGAAUCUACAAUACAAACUCUUCAAUUGCUUUUCAAACGAAGGAUGGAGUACCUUUGUGACAAUUUAGACUUUCAUAUCUUAAAAGUCCCUCUAAUAAGUCACGAUGUGUUGUCAUUACGUAAGGGAAAAUUAAUUGAAAAAAGGAAAGUGAAGUCUGAACAAAUAUCAAUACUUAUUGAGUUUCUUAUCGAAAAACCACAGAAAAUAUACCUGUUUCUCAAAAUUUUAGAAAAUGAAUCAUAUGGCUAUAAAUUUGUGUAUGAUCAUCUACAAGCAGAACUUACAGCAUUAGAUCAAUCAUCUUUACCAUUUCAACAGAUCGUCGCCAAAACAAAACCAAGUUGUGGACAUGAUAGAGCUGCUAAUUUAAAAUUUAGACAUUUUUUAAAGCGACUUGUGCAUAGCAAUAAAGUGGAAGCAUUUGAUCAAUAUCGACAGAAUAUCACACUGGAGUGGAAACACUGUACGGAAUAUUCUCAGAAAUUCCUUCUGGCAGAUCGUUACUGCAUGGUUCUUGAUGCAGAGUUGGAACAAGGACUGGUAAAAGCAGAUCCAACACUAGUGAAAAGUGGGGCAUUUCAAGAAAUUCUCAAAUGUUCUCCGUAUACUCCAUUUCCUAUUGUUUACAAUAUGCUUUAUUUGGCAAGGUUUGCGUAUGCUUUGCUCCUUGCUGGCAAAUCCUUCGAAGAAGUAAUGUCUCAUAUCUAUCAAGCUAGAACUCACGCCAGCAAUAUUGAACCUUGCAGAGAAACUGGAAUAGUAAUGUAUAUAUUGUACAAUAUGAAAUCGGUUUCGUAUGAAAAACGCCCAACCUUAAAGAAGAAAAUGCGGCUUUUAGAUUUAGCAAAGCAAGCUAUAUUCCAUUUUGGCAACGAAAGUGAAGUUAUUUCCGAAGAUUAUAGAAGACUGUUUUUGAUUAAAAUGGCGAUGCUUUAUUUAGGAAUUAGCAUAUUUGGCCAAAAUAUAACAAAUCUAAGUAUCAAUAGGGAGGAUAUUGGACACGCAAAGGACUGUUUAAGGAAAGUGUCAACGAAAAAAAUGUGGCAGCGGAUGGAGGUUCGUUGGAAAAUGUUUUAUUACAUGUGUGUUGUGAAGUACUUACAGCUAAAAGAUCCCCAAGAAGAAAAUUUAGAAGUUCAAAUCAGACUGGCAAAACAUGCCAAGGUGUGCUCAAUUAAAGGAGGACAUUAUUAA